CUGUGUGCGACUCCCUUGAACAGACGUCUCUUUGCAGGGAUGGGGAAAGACAUCGGCAACGGCGAACUGCAAACAUUGGAGGAGAGGACUGGAAUCCAUGAAUGCAGUACAAAAACAAAGGCUUCUCCAGCAUUCGAAGAGGUCCUGGACGCCAUUGGGUCCAGGGGGAAGUUCCAGACGAGGCUGAACAUCGUCUUCGUUUGCUUUGCCUCAUGCUUCGACCUGAUGAGCGUCAACAUGUUCUACCUGGCUAUGCAGACUCCUGAUCACUGGUGCUACGUCCCUGGCAGGGAACUUUCCAACCUUUCAGUUGAGGAGUGGAAGAACCUCACCAUACCGAGGGAAGGAGCCUCGUUCAGCAAGUGCCUGAUGUACAACCGGAGUGAUGUGACUGACUUCGGCGGCAGCAGGGAACCUGUGAAGUGCCAGCACGGUUGGGAGUAUGACGACACGUGGUUCUCCCUGACGGUGACGUCACAGAUGAACUGGGUCUGCGACAACCGGCAGGCCGUCAAUGACGUCUUCUUCUACUCACAGAUUAUUGGAGUGGCCCUGGGGUUACUGUUUGGCUACAUUGGCGACAUGUACGGCCGACGCCCCCAGCAGCUGCUGUGCCUGUCAGCCCACGUGGUCAGCAGAGUGCUGGUCGUCCUCGCUCCACACGUGCUGCCGCUCUUCAUCCUGGCAGCAUCCCUCGUGUCAGCCGCAACUGGGCCCAUGGUAGAAUCGGUCUUGUCUGUUGGCUUGGAGCUGACUGACAUCAAGCACCGCACUGCGAUCAACUGCUACGCAUCCUGCAGCAUGGCCCUUGGAGUGAUGCUCGCUGGCUUGGAGCUGACUGACAUCAAGCACCGCACUGCGAUCAACUGCUACGCAUCCUGCAGCAUGGCCGCUGGAGUGGUGCUCGCUGGUCUGGUGUCUUGGGCGCUGCCCAAUUGGAACUAUUCCCUCUCGUUUGCCGCCCUCAGUUGUUUUGCGCUGUUCUUCUUCUUCAGUUGGUUCCCCGAGUCUCCACGCUGGCUGGCGUGCAGGGGUCGCGAGCAGGAGGCGCUGGCUGUUGUGCGUCGCAUAGCAGCCACCAACGGCUCCACGGUGCCUCCGUUCGCCCUGCAGGUGAUCCAGACCGUGGGCAAGAGCAAGACAGACAGGAGGGGCUUCCUCAGCAUCUUCUCCAGCUUUAACCUCGUCAGGAACACAACACUCCUCAUCAUUGCCAGGUCAGUGCACCUGCUGGCUAUCUACUCACUGGUGAUAGCCGUGAGCCGACUGAGUGCGAACCCUUUCCUGGGGAUAGUGGCGCAGGGGGCGGCCAAGCUGCCUGCCCACUUCAUGGUGAACUACUUUGCGGCGAGGUUCGGUCGCCGUUGGCCCAGUGUAGGGAGUGCACUGUUGGCUGCACUGGCCAGUCUCCUCAUCUUCUGCCUGCUGACUGAACACAUCGCGGGUGCAGCCAUCGUGAUGGCGACCAUGCUGAUGCAGUUCAGCGCCGUCGCCGGUAUGGGCAUGGCAAACCUGCAGAGCAUCGAGCUGCACCCCACCUGCCUCCGCCAGAUCGCAACGGGUGUCGAGUAUGCCAUUGCUGGAAUUUCCAUGUCUUCCCUGCCCUACCUGGCGCUGAUGAAUGACAAGCGACUUCCCUUCGCCAUCCUCUGUGCCCUCGAGCUGAUGGUAGCGUUUUCUGUGUCGUUCCUACCAGAAUCUGCAAUGCAGCGAUUGCCAGAGACGUUAAGGGAUGGUGCCGUCUUUGGCAGAGGGCAACCUUACUGGAGCUGGAAACCAAAACCACCUCUUCAGUACGCCACAGGAUAAAGGACUUCCAGAACUUCCUUAUAGUGUAGUUCUACACUGGUCAUAGAGUAGCAGCUGACAUGUUAA